AGUAUUAAAUAAAUUACUAAUACUACGUUUAGCAAUUAUUAGUAUUUCGUACAAUAUACGUAGGGAAUAUAAUACAGAUACUAUGCAUAUCGUAAUAAUAUUAUAGAAAAAAAACAGUACUGGUGUAAUAAAAAUUGUAAAUCCGCUUGUCUUCUUGUUAGAAGUCUACAAAGAACAUAUAGACUUAUGUAUAAUGUGUAAUAGUCCGCCGCAUUUUAAUGUGAACCUCCCAUAUUGUACAAAGAAAAAAAAUAUAUAUACAUCUACAUUUAAAAGAUACAAUUUUAUACUUAGUUUAUUUGUGGUUUAUAAAUUUAAGCAAAUAAUGUAAAAUAGAUAAAAAAAUGAUUUUAUAUCAUUUAAGUUUUUAAAAAAUAUCAAUUGAUUUGGCGCCCUUCAUUUGAAAUGACAAAACUUUUGAAAUUACUUACUAGGUAGCGCUUUGAUGAUCGAAACGCUAUCUAUCGUAUUUUUUAUAAACACUCAUCAACCUAAUCAACUUAUCUGCGCAGACGUAUCAUGUACACGAUAAAAUUUUUUGAUAUCGCAUGGGAUAGGUACCCAUUUAUGUUUAGAAAAGGAUGUUUAUUAUUUAAAUAAUAAAAUUUAUAUUAAUAUACUAAUUUAAUGUGUUAUAUUAAGUAUUAUUUUCAUGUUAGAAAAUAUAUUUUUUAAGUCAUAAAUUAUAUUAUUUUUAUAUUAUAAUGCACAAUAAAUCUAUUUUAUUUGUCUUUCUCAUUGUUUUUUGCCUUUGUGAAAUUAAUUAUGUUGAAUGUAUAAAAUCUAAUAAAAAUGGAUUACAAAGUGAAAAAUAUCCACCAUGUGCUGCUUGUAAAAUACUUGUCAAUAGUUUUAAAAAUGGUUUAGAACGUACAAGUCGUGGAAAAUUUGAAGGUGGUGAUAGUGCAUGGGAAGAAGAUAAGUUAGGUUCUUACGCAAGAAGUGAAGUACGUCUCAUUGAAAUACAAGAACAUUUAUGUAAGGAAGUAGAGCGUGGUAAAGAUCAAUGUCAUUCCAUAGCAGAAGAAUUAGAAAAUAAAAUAGAAGAAUGGUGGUUGAAACAUCAAAAUACCUAUCCAGAUAUAUUUGAUUAUUUAUGCAUCGAGCAAACAGAACGUUGUUGUCCAAAAGAUCAUUAUGGUCCUCAAUGUAUACAAUGUCCAGGCUUUCCAAAUAAUGUUUGUAACAAAAAUGGUAAAUGUAAAGGUGCAGGUACAAGAAAAGGGAAUGGUAAAUGUCUUUGUGACAAAGGCUAUCAUGGAGAAACAUGUAAUGAUUGUGCACCAGGUUAUUAUGAAUCUUAUAAGGAUGAAAAUAAAUUACUAUGUUCUACUUGUCAUGCUGCAUGCAAUGGUUCUUGCAAAGGGCCAGGACCCAAAGAUUGUGAGAUGUGUUCUCAUGGCUGGUACAUGAUAGAUGGACAAGGUUGUUUUGAUAUUAAUGAAUGUUUAAAAAGUGAUGAAUCUUGUCCUGGAAAUCAAUUUUGUGUCAAUAAAGAAGGAGGUUUUACAUGUCUAGGAUGUGAUAAAGCUUGUAAUGGUUGUACUGGGGAUGGACCAGAUAUGUGUAUAAAAUGUGCAGAUGAUUAUCAUAAAAAAGAUAAUUUGUGCAUAAAUUCUGAUCUUCUUGGUCGCAAGAGACAUGAAAAUUUUGCACGGUAUGCAACAUACUUUGGUCUUUGCGUAGCAACAUGUAUUAUUUUACAACGAAAUAUAUAUGCAGCAAGUGUUAUAGGCAUAUUAGUUGCAGUUUAUAUAUCAGUUUCUGAGUACAUGAUAGCUCAUAGUAAUAUUCAAGAUACAACAGCAAACAUGGACAUAUUAGGACCAGCUUAAUUAAAUCAGAAAACAUAGCUUAAAUAUAUAUUAGUUUUAAUAUAUAUAAUUAUGAUUUGUAUGAAUGUAAUUAUUCAUAAUAAUGUAUUAGACAAAAAUAUUUGUAUAAUAAUCAGGAAUAUUAUCUU